GCCACCCGCCUCUGUGUGCGCAGUCCUGCUGCAGCCUCUCUGCUGACCCGUCUCCUUCCAGCUGCUCGGCUCACAUCUCCACCGCGGACCGCUUCGUUUGGACCGAUCACACUGUGAAGCAGCGGAGAGCCGGUGUAAUCAAAGUGAGCCACUCCUCAACUGUUCCCUCUCUGCUCUGGUUCUGACCAAGAGGGUAUUCUUCUACAAAUGGAUAAUGGAGACUGGGGCCAUAGGAUGACUACGCCUGUUACCUUAAAUGUGGGAGGCCACUUAUACACAACCAGUUUAUCCACCCUGCAGCGUUAUCCAGACUCCAUGCUGGGCGCCAUGUUCAGAGGGGAUUUCCCCACCACCCGUGACUCCCAGGGGAAUUACUUCAUCGAUCGCGACGGGACGCUUUUCCGAUACAUCCUGAACUUCCUGCGGACAUCUGAGCUGACACUUCCCGUGGACUUCACGGAGACCGACCUCCUGAGGAAGGAGGCCGACUUCUACCAGAUCGAACCGCUGAUCCAGUGCCUUAACGACCCCAAGCCGCUGUACCCCCCAGACAUCUUUGAGCAGGUGGUGGAGCUGUCGAGCACUCGCAAACUGUCAAAGUACUCGAACCCGGUCGCUGUCAUCAUCACGCAGCUCACCAUCACGACGAAGGUGCACGCCCUGCUGGAGGGCAUCUCCAACAACUUCACCAAGUGGAACAAGCACAUGAUGGACACCAGGGACUGCCAGGUGUCCUUCACCUUCGGACCAUGUGACUAUCACCAGGAGGUGUCCCUCAGGGUUCACCUCAUGGACUACAUCAUGAAACAAGGCUUCACCAUCCGAAACACGCGCGUGCACCACAUGAGCGAGCGCGCCAACGAGAACACGGUGGAGCACCACUGGACUUUCUGUCGGCCGGCUCACAAAGUAGAAGACUGAGUCACUGUGGGAUUUUUUUUUUGUCCUUCACGCCACACACAGUUGUGGAAGUCGCUUCACUUCAGUGACAUCUUACUUUAUUUUAAUUCGCCCCCAUGUGGUUCAGUGCACAAAGCUCAAAGUCCAGACAGCAAAAAGCGAGGAAAAUGUGAAUUCUUGAUGUAUUCGCACGUCUGAGUGCAGGAUUUUAUCUGUGCCACAAUGCAGCAAAGCAAUAAAUCAGUUUUAAUCCUUGUAAGAAAACUGUAUCAUCACCGUGAAGAUCAGACUUCCUGAAACAAUGAUCAUGAAGUGAGCGUGGUGAUCAGAGACGCAGUGCCUAAAUAAAGGUAGCUAAUCUCAAUGUUGAGAUGCAUUCAUGUAAACUUAAACAUUUAUUGAUGAAUUGAAAAGUGAAGUCAUUCUAAAAGCUGUUUUGGUCACAUUUAGGACUUUUCCGAAUUCCUUAAAAAAAACAAACAAAAAAAAAACUUCUAAUAACUUAUGAUUCUCUUUCUCCCAGUAGUUUUCUGGUUUACAUUAGAUUAAAGAAGUAGUGUCCUCUGUCUCUCUUUCCCCCGUAUGGUACUCUUUCUUAAGCCCCGGGUAGUUGUUGCAUGUGUCUGAGUGUUCUGUGUGUGUAAACUGUAUCAGCUGUGUGUGAUUUACAGUUCUGUCAUGAUAUCAACAGUGAUGUGUUUAGUCAUUCCAGUCGAAAUAAAACCAAUCUGUGAAUUUCAUUCCAU